GUUUAAAGCCACAUCCAACACGUGACGUCACCAGCCACUAGUCGUUAUGUUUCCGUAACCGUUUGAAACUGAGAAGAAAAAAAGGAAAAAAAGGCGAUCGUCAUCGACGUCGUCAAUCCUUAGUCAGAAAACCGCCGUCAUCAUGUCGGACGACGAGAUUGAAGUCACGGCGUCGCGAACCUCGCGUCGCAAUGCCGACAGACGAACCCCGCGAUUCAGUUGGAACCUGGCUUAUGAAGAGACUUUCUUCAGGUCGCUAUGCGAGUCCAUGCAGAUGGGAUACAAAGAAAACCACAGCUUCAAGUCGGGCGCUUGGGAGCGCGCCGCCGUCGCCCUGCGCGACAAGCACGGAGCUUAUCCCGAGAAGAGCCACCUCAUCAAUAAAGCCGACAACGCGCGUAAAAAGUUCCGUAUGUGGAGAGGGUUAAGAGAGGACCCAGAGUUUUUAUAUAACCCUACCACCCGAAUGGUUACGGCAAGCGAGGAAGCAUGGAGAAGACAUUUCGAGAAAGAACCGCUGUCCAAAGCCCUGAGGGGUCGCCCUUUCGACCACGAAGAAUAUAUGGAGAUUCUAUUCCCCGAUGUCGUCGGUUCCGGCGGUGCCCCUAAACGCAUCAUGAAGCCGAGACGGAGGAAUCCCGACGGUACUCUGUCCGGUAGACCGAGUACCGCAGACCAGACUGCUAUUGAUCCCUCUCUCGAAUCGAACAUAUUCGCUCAGACUCCGGCGCAAAGCCAAACUCAGCAAACCCAACCUCUAAGCCAACCCGUUCCAACCCCUCCCGUUCCCCAGCCUAUGCAGAGACCUUCGUCAACUACUAUCCCGCCCCGAACAACCAUAAACACAAAUCCGAGCGCGCUUACACCACCAGAUGAGCACGUCCCGAACACACAAGCCCAAAAACGACCAAAUCCUAACCCAAUACCCAAUUACCAAGAGAAGCGUCGCGGGCGACCCUCGCGCUUUUCUUCCAACUUUUAUACCCAGCAGUCUACCACUCCGGCAUCCUCUUCUUCUUCUUCCGCACUUCCUCCUCCUGCCGCCGCCGCCGCCGCCGCCACCACCACCACCACCACUACUACCCCUUCUGCGCCGGCUGGACUUCAUUCUUCCUUCACUUCUACUAAUAUCAUCGAAGAUGGUAUUUUAUCUUUAGCUGAGGCUCUCAGAGCCCGUAGCCCGCCGAAAUGGUCCGAGCAGGCUGUUGAGAUUUUCUUCCGCGAGUUCGCAGAAGAGGAAGCUGACUUACAGCUCAAAAUUGCCGAGAAGGCUCUAACAGACGAGAAUAAAGCGAUGGUAUUUGUUAAGAUGACGCCGGUGCUGAGGCGACAUUGGGUCGGCAGGCUCAGAGAGGUUCACAUGCGAAAUUUGGGUGGUGGACUUGGCCUAGGAGGGCGAGUUGGGGAGGAAGGUACUUGAAAAGGAAAAAAAUUCUACUUACCUUAGGUAGUAUCUAUACUCGCGGAGUCGGGCGCACGGGCGUUAUUUAGUAGCAAGUUGAAAGCAGCGGAGGGGUGUAUGAUCAAAGGCUAAAAACUGUGCAUGAAAAAAAAGCCUUGAAAAAGUCGAAUAUGGCCCAGGUGGAAGACCUCACGACUUUGUAUUUUCGAUAAUUGGCAACCUGAUUAGUGCCAAUCUUUUGCCUCGAGCGGAAUAUCGGCUCCUUGCCGCUCAGUUUCGCAGUUACAUACGUUAUGAUCUGAGCACGUAUAUACCUCUUAUACUGCUUUACGAAACUCAAUGGUAUUAUUAUAAGGGGGGGUUAUUAUUUUCUCCUUGGCUCAAACUGGCUCUUUAUCUCUUGUUAGCUUCAUUCUUUAUGGGUUCAAAACAAGAUUGGCACGUUUGAGGAAGACCGUGGGAUUUCCACCGUCAUCAUAUAUACCUACCUACCUAACAUAAUCUACUAUAUCCCGACGGUGAAUUCAUUGGCAGAGUAGCAUUAUACUGCUACCAUACUCGUUGAUUCUCAUGUAUAAGUAGAAGAUCCCAACUGGCCAUUACAGGCUUCUAAUUACUCUACUGAAAUCGUUCUCUUCGGCAGACAGGCUCGAGACACUUGUCUUGGAAGCUCAUAAGCCUGAAAAUCCAA